AUGUCAAGGGUAGUAGGUAAAAGAUUAUAUUCAAGUGGUUCACAAUUGCUUAAAACACCAUUGUACGAUUGCCAUGUCGAAUUUUGUGGUAAAAUGGUCCCAUAUGCGGGAUUUGAAAUGCCUGUUUUAUACAAGGGCCAAACUCACACUGAAUCACAUAACUGGGUUAGAAAUAAUGUCGGGUUAUUCGAUGUAUCCCACAUGUUGCAACAUAGAAUUAGUGGUAAAGAUGUUGUUGAUUUCUUACAGAAAGUCACUCCGAUUAAUUUAUCUGAAUUAGACAUCAAUUCUUCAAGUUUGUCGGUAUUAUUGAAUGAACAAGGUGGUAUCAUUGAUGAUUGUAUCAUUACUAAGCAUGGCGAGAAUGAAUACUAUAUGGUUUCCAACGCUGGUUGCCGUGAAAAGGACGUCGCAUUCCUCAAGAAGGAAUUACAAAACUUCAACGAUGUUAACCAUGAUACAUUCGAAGGUACAUUAUUAGCCAUUCAAGGUCCAAAGGCUGCUGAAAUUUUACAGAAAUUCACCAAUGAAAACUUAAAGAGUUUAACUUUUGGGAAAUCCAAAUUCUCUCAUUUAUCAUCCAUUAUUAACUCUCAAGUGCAUUUUGCCAGAUGUGGUUAUACCGGUGAAGAUGGGUUCGAAUUAUCUAUUCCAUCAAGCACCGCACAAGAAACUAAGGAAUCUCAAGAAUUUUUCAGACUAUUGAUUAAUGAAUAUCCUGAUAUCGUUAAGCCAAUUGGUUUAGCAGCCAGAGACUCUUUGAGAUUGGAAGCCGGUAUGUGUCUUUACGGUCACGAAUUGAAUGAGUCUAAGACUCCAAUUGAGGCCACCUUGGCUUGGUUAAUUCCAAAGAGCCGCAGACAAGAUGACGCCACCUUCAAUGGUGCAAGCAACAUCUUAGCUCAAAUCAAAGACCGCUCGUUAAUUACCCACAAGCGUGUUGGUAUCAAGGCCAAGGGCCCAUCUCCAAGAGACGAUUGCAAAGUUUUCGCUGCCGAUGGUAAAGAAGAAAUUGGUUACAUCACCUCCGGUGCCCCAUCCCCAACCAUAGGUGGAAACGUUGCCCAAGCAUACGUCAAGAACGGUCUCAAGAUCGGAACCGAUGUCAAGAUAGAAAUCAGAGGCAAGUUGAGAGAUGGUGUCAUUAGUAAGAUGCCUUUUGUACCAAGCAAUUAUUAUAGAGGUUAA